AUGUUAUUUUUCAAUGAUAGUACCUACGGACCUUUUCUUCUCACUGGUUUUCCUGGCUUAGAGAACUCACAUCCACUGAUUUCCAUCUUGUUUUGUUUCCUCUACCUAAUAGCCCUUAUGGGAAACAUCACUAUCUUAGUGGUCAUUAGUGUGGAACAGGCACUUCAUGCACCUAUGUACCUUUUUCUCUCCAUGCUGGCUGCUAGUGACCUGGGAAUAUGUGUUGCCACCCUCCCCACACUGCUCAAGCUUUUUUGUUUCAAUAACCGUGAAAUAAACUUUGAUGCUUGCCUCACUCAGAUGUUCUUCAUCCAUGUAUUUUCCUUAAUGGAGUCAGGUAUUUUGCUUACCAUGGCUUUCGACCGUUAUGUAGCUAUUUCCAACCCACUCAGGUAUACGACUAUUUUGACCAAUUCUACCAUUGUCAGAAUAGGAGGGGGACUUUUGCUUCGAGCCGUCGCUGUCAUCUUUCCAGGACCUUUUCUCAUUAAGAGACUGAAGUUCUGUAAGUCCAAUGUGCUCUCCCAUUCAUACUGCCUGCAUCCAGACAUCAUCAAGCUCUCCUGCUCUGAUCACCGUAUUAAUAGCAUUUAUGGCCUUAUUAUCAUCCUGAUUACCUUUGGAUUGGACUCUUUAUUUAUCCUCCUCUCUUAUUUGAAGAUCCUAAUCACUGUAUUAGGUAUUGCAUCCAGGGAAGAGCAAUUCAAGGCCCUUAAUACGUGUGUCUCUCACAUCUGUGCUGUGCUGUUGGUUUAUGUCCCUAUGCUGGGAGUAUCCAUUAUUCAUCGAUUUGGGAAACAUGUUCCACCAGUAGUACAUAUUAUCAUGGGCUAUGUAUACCUAUUAGUCCCUCCUGUUCUCAAUCCUGUUGUAUAUUGUAUUAAAACCCGGGAAAUACGUAUUCGCAUUAUAGGUAAACUAUUAAAAUUAUAG